GCAAUAGACAAAGGAGUACCUAUUGUCACUAUGAUAGGUAUACUCUGCUUAGCCUUUUUGUACAUCAAAGCAAAAAUGGAACAUGAGAUUAGAUUCAUAGUCAAUUGCAUAGUGACGCAAGUCAUAUCAGUCAUAGUGACUUGCAGCUAUUGUAACUCAGGACAACUAUUGAUCGAUGAGUGGGAAAAUCUUCAUCGUGACUUAUGUCAGUGCCCAUGGAUUUUAUGGAAUCGAUCGAACAAAGAGAACUACAAAAUAUUUUUAUUAAAUUCAAGAGAACCAGUUGUUAUCAAGAGCUUGGGCGUGACUCUAAAUAAUAAUCUCAUAGUUCUUGUAUUGCAAAGAGUGCUAUCAUUUAUGGCCUUUAUAGAGCAAGUGUCUGCAAAACCCUGAAUAUCUACAUAUUAGCUACAUUUGAUGUACGAAAACUAUUUCAAUUCCUAAACUUGUCA